AUGACGGCGUUCGCGGCUUUAGUUCUUGUGGAUCAUCCAACCAAAACCGCGUCUAGUGCCUUAUUUAACUCUCAGUUCCCAAGUCCAAAAGGCCUUGAAAAACAUAAACGCCAGAUCGAAGAAAGGCGGGCCAAUCUUCUUGGUCCCAAAGUGUUAUUUCAUUCAGCAAUCACGGCCAUGUUGUUUACGCAUUAUGGUCUUGCAGGUCGUUGGUUUGCUUUGGCUGGCUCUGUAUCUGCCUGGGGUUUUGUCGGAGGUUUUUUCGAGGCUAUGAAAGAGGCCUGGGAUAAUCGUAGGGCAAUGACAACAACGAAGACGGAAGGUGAUUUGAUUGCUCCGACCUCUGAAAGCCAUUUGUAUUAUGACGUUGAGUUGGGCUUCGCUCCGGACAAUGCAUGCAUAGGGGCUCAGGUGGGUAUCUGUGCCCAGGUGGGCUCUUUCCAAGAAGAUCCAUCUUACUCUCAAUUCUACCUUGGAAAAGAAGCAGCUCCAGUUAUGGCACUUUCUGUGCAAGCUCUUGUACCACACUGUCCGCAACCCGCCCACAUGUUAUUGAUUGACUCUAGGCAGCGUGACUACGAUGAUCACUCUGUUUGUGCUACUUUCAAUCGACGCAAUAUAAUACAUAACAAGAUCUACUGCGUGCCCUUCGUGAAUAUAGCGCCUUUACCUGAUGGUAUUCUCAAAAUGGGACAAAUAUUGUUGGAUGCUAUGGUGCGGAUGGGCAUGGUGGAUGCGGAAAUUGUGAAAGAGGCCACACUGAAGGGAUGGGGGAGAGUAUACGGUGAUUUGUUUGCGAAGGAAUAA